AGACAACGAGAAAAAGGAAAUAUUAAAUGGCAAAGAAGCCGAAGAGGACUAAGGCAUGCGGCAAGGCUGGGGAAAGCGGUCUUACUGUGCGGCUGUAGAACCCCGCAAUAACCACAGAACAACUGGGUGGGAAGCCUUCUUUCUUGACAUUCUGUCUCAUUCAAAACGAGAAAUCUAUUGGUGAUGAUUACUGGUAUUGAAGCUGCUGGCCUGGUCCUCGCUUUGCUUCCUUUGAUGCUCAAUCAGAUAGACAAUUAUGUCCAGGGUCUGCAGACAAUGAAGUCGUUUCGAACUAGGAGAUACCGAGAGCAUCUAGAGAGCUGCGCGGCAAUGCUUGGUGGUCAACAAGCAAUCCUAAUCAACACUAUAGGGCUUGCAUUGGGUGAUGUUGUCCCCGCAGAGAAGCUUUGUGAUCUUAUGCGCGGUCCUGAGGGCAGACCUUCGAAUGAUCCUAAAUUGGAUGAUGCUCUACGCAGUAGACUCGGGCAUAGUUACAAUGCCUUUGCUGCCAUGAUGAGUGAGGCGGCGAAGAUAUUGGAAGAGCUUUCUAGCAAGUUGGAAAUGGAAGCCACAGAUCCUGCUGUUGUAGGUUUUCAUUCUGUUCCUUGAUCGUUACGCAGCCAACCAUUAAUUGCUCAGAUACCUUGGGAAGAGCUUCACGUGGUAUUGCGAGAGACUCGAAAAGUUAAACAUUUAUUCUCCAAGAGCAUCUAGAAUGACUUAUUCAACAAAUUGAACACAGCGAACAGCAUUUUGAAAACACUGGCCGACCAGUCAAUCGACCCUCGUCAGCCCAUCCAAGGCUCCCUG